AUUUGUAAAAAGUCAUUUUCUCAUACUGGAAAUUUAAGGAAGCAUUUGAGGACACACACUCAAGAAAAACCAUAUUCUUGUGAAAUUUGUAAAAAGUCAUUUUCUCAGAGUGAAAGUCUAAGGACUGGAACUUUAAAGAAGCAUUUGAGGACACACACUAAAGAAAAACCAUAUUCUUGUGAAAUUUGUAAAAAGUCAUUUAUUUGUAAAAAGUCAUUUUCUCAAAGUGGACAUUUUAAGAGGCAUUUGAGGACCCAUACUAAAGAAAAACCAUAUUCUUGUGAAAUUUGUAAAAAGACAUUUUCGGCGAUUGGAACUUUAAAGAAGCAUUUGAGGACACACACUAAAGAA